AUGAUGGACGAGAUAGAUUUUGAGCUCUGCGUGAAUGUAGAUCAAGUGAUAACACAGACAACUACCUCCCACUGUUUGAAGAGAAAACAUUAUCCUGCACACAAUAAUAUCACUAACACCACAAACAACACUACACCACGAAUUCGAACACACGAGGACCUUGAAGAUAGCACUGCAGAUGAGAGCACGAUAACACCAAUACCGCUGGCCAAGCGAGCGAGGAUAUCGCAAUCCGAAGUUUCGUGUCAAACACAAUCCAUGAACGAAAGUCAUCAGGGCACAGGGGCGCCGCUCGGAUCUAGUCAGCUUCUCAAUCAUUAUACGGGUUUCUUCAACAUUCAGAGCUAUCAGCAAGGUCCUGUCGAUGCGAAUGGCGUCUUAACUGCGGUGCCUCGCCGAGCUAUGAGCGAGGAGACGGACAUAGAAAUGAUGUAUAUGGGGAGUGAAACGGAGACGGAGGCUGAGACAGAGGCGGUUCCUGAGAGGCCCCACGCUCAGUGUCCGCUUCAUCCGUUUGGUCCUUGGUCAAGUCACACUGGAUCUUUUGGUGGAGGGUUUGGAAGCUUCUCUUCGCAGCGCAAAAAUUCGUCAAGCAUGUUUCCCAUCUACGAGGAUCCGGUGGAUAUGGAGAUUGAGGGUGUCUUCUGCGGAGAGGAUUGGUACUCCUCUCCCGAGGAAGAUAAGGAAAAUGUUGAGAAUGGCCAUGAGCAGGAUAGUUAUAGUAUUUUGCAGGAGAUGGAUUCGAAUCCUGUCGCGGUCUAUCAACGUGGGUGA